UUCUAUUCUCCAUUAUCUUUUUCAUCUUCUUAAUUUCUCUUCUAAAUUAAAAAAGAAAGACAAUGACCUUUUAUACCCAAAUAUUUCUUGUCUUCACCAUUUCUUUCUUCCUUACAACCCUCCCCUCUAAGGCAUACAAAAAUUACCCCACUCUAUCACAAUCCCAUGCACCUGCCCUUUCUCCACAACAGUCCUCGUCCUCGACCUCGGCCUUAUUCUCUGCCUCGGCCUCUUCAUUGUCAUCCCUAACUGCCUCUGUAACCUCUGCAACAACUUUUGAAAUUCCAAAAAACAUCCCCGUUAUCUCAACAGAAGAUGUCUCGAUAUUUGUAAAAGCCAUCAUGGAUGCAACAAUGUCCAAGACCGACGAAUUUAUUAGCAAAGUCAUUGACAAACGUUUGGCUGAACCAAACACAGACAUUUAUGCUAAGGAUUGUCUUGAGACAUGCAAGUCUGUGUUUGAAGAUGCAAAGGAUGCAAUGAAGAGGACUGAGGAAGAUGUGAAAGCAGGAAAUAUGUACAAAGCUAAUGUGGAUGUUAGUGCCAUGUCAACAAACAUUGAUACUUGCAAUGAAUGUGCUACUUCUAUAUAUGGAUUUGAUCCUGAGUUCAAGAAAUUUGACAAUUGGGCACAAGGGAUUGCUAGUGAUUGCCUUGAUAAGAUUACUGGCCAAAACAGUUAAAUUGGUAUUUGAUCUUAACAUUUCAAGAGUUUAUUAUUAACUCUUUCUACUUCUAUAUAUGCAUCCUAUUUUGGGUUGUAAUCAUUGGAAAGAUUUGGCGAUGAAUAAUCUCUUAACCUACACAUGUGGAAUUAAUGAAAGGAACACUAUAAUUAAUAGUGUUUGAUCUUUUAAUUUGCUAA